CAUAACCCAUCUCCAUUUACUUAUCAAUAAAAGAGCAAACGAAAAGAAUAACAUUAAAAACUCUCUUCUCUCGUUCUCUCAAAACCUCAAAAACCCCUCAAAUGGCGAACAAAGAAAUGGAAGUGGUAAAGGGUCUGGACAUAAAGAGGUACAUGGGAAGGUGGUACGAGAUAGCUUCAUUCCCAUCAUUUUUUCAGCCCAGAAAUGGGGUUAACACAAGGGCUACCUACACUCUCAAUGAAGAUGGGACAGUCCAUGUCUUAAAUGAGACUUGGAGUGAUGGUAAAAGAGAUUCCAUAGAGGGCACUGCUUAUAAGGCUAACCCAAAUAGUGAUGAGGCAAAGCUUAAAGUGAAAUUCUAUGUCCCUCCAUUCUUACCCAUCAUCCCUGUCACUGGUGAUUACUGGGUUUUGUUUAUUGAUGAAGAUUACCAAGUCGCUCUCAUUGGACAACCCACCAGGAAGUACCUUUGGAUAUUGGCCAGGAGGACACAUAUAGAUGAUGAGAUAUACAAUCAACUUGUUGAGAAAGCCAAAGAAGAGGGGUAUGAUGUGACCAAACUCCACAAGACUCCACAGAGUAAUCCUCCACCAGAGGGAGAAGAAGGCCCCAAGGACACCAAGGGCAUUUGGUGGAUCAAAUCCCUCUUUGGAAAAUAGUCAUUAAUAUAUUAUGUUCUCAAUUCACUAGUUAAUAUAAACAUGGAAUCUAAGCCUGUUUGUUGCAGCAUCUGAACAAGGAAAAUAGGAUUUUAUAUUUCAUGUUUUUCUUGAGGCUUUUCUAAUGUGAAUAGUAGUUAAUUGACCCAAUGUGUAAUCUUGUUAUUUUUGUGUAUUUGGAAUGAUAUAUUAUGCAGUCUCAAUACUCAAAAUAGUAUGUUUUUGUAUUAA